UUUACAGAAAGAAAUGCUUCUAAGAUUCUAAAAAUGCAUCAGAAUACAGUUGAGAAACCGACUAGCGCGCCGGUCAGAGUAUCUGCUAGUUCACCUGUUGUACCAAGCACAGCUGAAGAGUUUUCUCCGACCUUUGCAAAGUUUGUUCUUGAAGAUUGGUUUAAGAGAAAUGAUCAGGAUCCGGCUUUAGUGGAAAUCAGGACAGCAAAAGGACGAAAGAAUGAACAGCAAGGACUCUUAAGUACAACUUUCAUCCUGGACAUCUCAUAUUCCUAUCAGAAUGAGAAUCUGGAGAAAAGUGUAUUUGUCAAGAUUCCUCUUAAAGGUGAAGCAGGAGCAAGUUACAAACAGGUAAAUGUACGAGAGAAUGAGAUGUACCAGCGAAUAUUACCGGAGUUACAAAACUACUUGUCAGAAAACUGCCAAGGUUUCUUCUGCUUGGGUGUGCCUGAGAUAAUCUACACGAACUACCAGGAGGAUCAACUACACGAUGUCCUUGUUCUAGAGAACCUAGUGGCUGCUGGUUUUGAGACUUGUGUAACCCAAGAUCUAAGCAUAGAGAAGGACGGAAAGGAUUAUCUCCGGGCUAGCCUGGAGACACUCGCUCAGCUCCAUGGAACUGGACUCUGCUAUAAGAAAUCUAUUGGAGGAAAUGCAGGAGUUCUUAAAAACUUCCCUAAUAUAGAGGAGCAGGUUCAGGUUAAGGAUAUUUUGUCAAAAGAAGAAGAGAGGAUGUUCCUAAGAAAACAUUUUUCAGCUUUCAUCAGGUACCUUGAAGAGUCUGACGAUGAAUUGAAAGGAAUAACCCAAUAUAUGAGGAAAAUGGAUUCAUAUCUGUUUAAAAUUUUACAGGUUUUGGACCAGUCUGGAGUAUCCAAUUUAAACACCCUUUGUCACGGAGAUGCCAAACCAAAUAAUUUCAUGUUUAGAAAGAUCUGCCUGGAGUUCGAAGAUAUAGGAAUGUCUGAGUUGGAUUGUCAAGGAGUUGAAGCUAUGCUCAUUGACUGGCAGGGAGGUUUCUUAGGAUCCCUGUGCAAUGACCUAAUGUGGUGUAUUUAUCCCUUUCUUGAGGUUAACAACCACAAUACAGAGCUAUACAACUUUGCGUUCCAACACUACCAACAGGAACUCCAGAACGUUCUGCAGACAUUUGGAACGAGUUUAGCCGAGCUCAACCUUCCGGAGAGUCCAGCAGAGUUCAGAUCCUUGAUACGGAGAGGAUUCGUUCUUGAAUUCAUGAUCGUAACUAUUCUCCGACCUGUUAUGAAUAUCACUAAACCUGACAAGGUCUCCAAGUGGUAUGAAAAGCUCGUCAAGUAUGAACGGAGGAAAGAGAGGGGAGGAAUACAUAAAUAUCUAGCAGGGAAACCUCCUAAACUACCGAGUCAAGAAGAGGUUUUUCAAAACCCUAGAUAUAUGGAGUUUUUACAGUUUUAUUUCAAGAUUGCAACCUCCCUGGGAGCUUUUCAGGAGAUGGGGUUGAUUUACUUUGAGCUCAUGAAGGACAGUAUGUUCGGAGAAGGCAAGCUGGAUGGUUUUGAAGGAGAUGUUGCCAAGAAAACCAAACCUUUCUCUGGUGAAUGGUUGAAACGAACACUAUUUGGAUGCACUAACUCUCAGAAUCAAGAUACAGAUAUGUACACUAAGAAGGAUGAGGAGGAGAAAGGGAAUAAUAUUAAAGUGGAGACUGAGGUUGCUUUGUGUAUUGGAGCUGAUAUCGUUUAUGCGGACGAGGAUGAAACGAAACCAAGAGUAAAGAUUGAGACUGGUCAAGGACAGGAACUGCAAAAGAAGGAUACAGAAGAGGAGAUCUAUGAAGAUGUAAAACCUACUCCAGAUACUCAGGUUCCUCAGCCUCCCAGGGAACCAACUCCGGAUCCUUUACGCACCUUGGCAGCUGAACUUCAUGCCAACUUUCUAGAUUAUAAAACAUCCUACUCCGGCCUCAAGGGUAUUCUGGAUAAUCUUGAACCAACGGAAGAAAACACUGAAGACUCAGUGUUGAGAGAAGAGCAGGAAGAUAUAUUAACUGAGAUUAUACCACAAGUUAAACCAAAUUCUACAGGUUCUAGACCUUCCAGCUCCAGGUCCCAACCUGUCAGUACUCCAACUAUACCUGGUGUAGAUGAAGAAAGAAUAAAUUUGAAUACUCCACUGACCUUGAGAAAGGUUUCCAAGGAUGUGGAUUUCAGUAAUCGGAAGGUUCAAGAAGCAGUUUCAUUUCUCUCAUCUGAUUGUCCAACGGAACCUUGUCAAGAACAGAGGUUUAAAAUCUCUAGACAAGCUUCCACAGAGACUAGGAAAGAUUCAUUCUGCAGUAACCUUUCUAAACAGGAGCUCAUGGAUAUACUGGACGAGGAUGAGGCUGCGUGGGAUGAAAGUGAGAAAACUGCUCUAAGCACAGAACCAAUCCCAGAGAAAGAGAACAUAUCACUGAAUUCCAGUUGCUCCGUACCCAGUCAGAGCAAACAGAGUGCAGAACUUCCAACAACUUCUGAUGAUAAAAAAUCCAUCCUGGCCUGGUUGAGUUUAUCUCCCAGUGCAGAAACUGCUGAAUCAACUGACUAUGUACCAUUGGAUUUUGAUGAUGACACGAUUAAUGAUAUUGUCAAACAAAAUGCUGAAAGUCCUAAAGACUUGAACCAAAUUAACCUACAACCAGUAAUUUUAGAACCAGCAGAUUUGAAACCAAUAGUUUUGCAACCACUUGACUUACAACUUAUAGAUUUGCAACCUGAUGAUGUGCAACCUGUUGUUUUGCAACCAGCUGAUUUGCAAACUAAUAAUGUGCAAUCUGAUGAAUUCCACGGCGUCGUCAAUCAGCAAGAAGCGGAACCACAAAAUACAAACUCUAUCCUGAAUUGGCUCUCCUUAUCCAAACAAAUCUCUGAAUCUAAACCUGGAAAUGGAAACGAACUCCCUAAUUCAGAACCUUCAAAUAACCCUUAUUCUACAAAGAAAGAUCUAGAUAUAAAUGAAAAAGAAGAAACCGAAAGCGUUAAAAAAAAUGAUGAAAAUAUCAGGAUUGAAGACAAAACUAGUUCCGAUGUACUUAAUAUUGAUACUUCUGAACAAAUACCUUUUAAAAACAUUAAAGAGACUGCAGAAGAAACUGAGAUUUUUGAAAAACCAGAUUCUGAACAAGGAAAUGAUAUCCUUGAAACACAAACUGCUUCUGUAAACAAUGCUUGUGAUUUUGAAAAGACUGGAGUUACAUCUGAAAGUGCCUCAGAAGAACCUGUAAAUAAUUCUAUUCAACAGAACAAUGAAAAGAAGAAAGUGGAAGAUGUUCCCAGACUUCAAGAUAAUGUUGAUGGUGUAGAUGUCUGCAAUGAUGAAAAAAUAGAGGAAGAAUCUAAAAAUGAUUCUGACAAGAACCAGGAAAAUAUCUCACAAACUCCUGCAAUACUGAUAAAUCUGGAAGUUGAAGCAAAAACCCUGCAAGCCUUUGAACUCAAGGAAUUGAAAGAUAUUAGUGGUAUCGGAAAUAUGGCAAGUCAGAUUGCAACGGAUAUUAUUUAUGGAAGUCUAAGAAAAUCUGCGAAAAAGGCUAAAAUUUUACAAGAAAAUAUGGAUUCAAAUAUUGUGAAUGCUAAUGGGCAAAGUGAGAAAAAAGAGAAGAUUGAAAUCAAAGAGAUGGAAACUGCAUCAUGUAAUGGUGUUCAUAAGACUAAUGAUAACAAGAUUGGGUCUGAAACUACCAACCAAAUCCUAGAGGAAGUUAUUGAUGAUAUUAAACAUUUGCCUACUGCAGAUGAUGCAUCUUUAAUGAAUACUGCAGAGACUAGAGCUGGAAUAGAAGAUCAAAUUGAAAAUGAGAAAGAUGAAGAAAAAAAGAAAAAGCAGGAAAAUAUGUUAAAUUUGAUUAGAUCACGACUUGCUGAGGAAGCUCGAGUAUUAAAACCUUCCAAAGAUGAAUCUGAAGUUCAAGCAACCAUCUGCACACAAAAGAUAGGUCAAGAAAUAGACGAUCUGAAAGAUAUCCUGCCAAACCUGAAAAUCAAACGAACCAUCAGUAUAGGGGCUAAUUUAAACCCUGAUCUAACCCAAACCCAAACUGUAACUACUGAAGAUGAGGAUAUGCCCAGUCUUCUGGAUUCUCAGGUUGACAAGAAUGAAAACAAUUCUAAACUCCAGGUUUCAGAAGCUCUAGUAAACCGAGAGAACUGUGAUCAGGUUGUGGAAAUAUUCGACUUUAUAGCUGAGAAUAUUGAUCAAUCAGACAUGAGCUCAGUAGUUCGUAGGUUCGGAGCGAGGGAAACCGAAGUUUCGGAGAACCUUGGUUUACAUACUAGCAUGAAGAGUAUGAACAAUCGUCUCUCCUACCUAGAGCUGGAGAACGGGGACGGAUUACAAAAUAAUGUUCUGCUCAGCGGAGCUGAUCUCCAGGAUAACUUAAAUGUGAUAAAAGGCGAAGGAUUGGAAAAGUAUACUCUAUCACAAUCAAAGAUAAAUCCUGAGAAAGCGUUGACUGCUCAAGAAGAAUCAGAUAUAGAGCAGGCGAUUAAACACCAACCGGAGAAGAACCAAUUUUCUGAAAAACUUAUUUCAAACCCAUUUUCAUCAGUCCUUGAACAAGACAGUCCUCCAAAUAAGAACAGUAGUCCUGAGACGGAAGAGGAUGAAUCUCCGGAGCAGGAUGAUGAACCUGAAACCAGCUCCAGGAGUGGAAAUAGUACACUCAAGAAGAGAAGAAACUCCCAAAAGAAGAAACGAAGAAAGAGUAAAUUAUAUUUCUGAGUUUCCCCUUUAAAACAAUACACAGUUAAUGUACAGACAUA